AUGGACGAUCCCAACGCAGAUACCGAAUGGAAUGACAUUUUACGUGCCAAGGGCAUCUUGCCUCCCAAGGAAGAACAAAGCAAGGAAGCCAUUGAAGAUAUGUAUGUCGAAGCACUGAAUGCACGCAAGCAAGAAGAAGAGAGCUUGGAGAACAAGACAUUGGAUGAAUUGGAUGAGUUGGAAGACGAAUUGGAGGAUGAUCGUAUUAUUAUGGAAUACAGACGUAAACGUAUGCUAGAAAUGCAACAACAAGCAGAAAAGGACAAGUAUGGCGAAGUGACUCAGAUAUCCAAACCUGAUUUCGUCAAGGAAGUAACAGAAGCAAGCAAGGAAUGUUACGUGGUGGUUCAUCUCUUUAAGGAUUAUAUCCCAGCUUGCAAAUUGAUGAAUCAACAUCUUGCUGUACUCGCCAAGCAAUUCAAGUCGACAAAGUUCCUCAAGAUUGUCAGCGAUCAAUGCGUUCCCAAUUAUCCCGACAGAAACGUACCUACUUUAUUAGUCUAUGGAGAUGGGGACAUCAAGGCCAACAUUGUUGGUGCUAUUGCAUUUGGAGGCAUGAAUAUGACAGUUUCAAGUGUACGCAAGCAAUUGGCACAAUGUGGUGCAGUGCCACCCGAGAAGGAUGAGGAUCAGGAUGGCGAUAAGAAGAAAAAGACGAUUUAUCGAUCAGCUGCCACUGCGGCUCUUAGUAGUGAUGAGGAUGAUGAAAGUGAUGAUGAUCGUGGAUACUAUUAA